GAAUUCGAUCAACACUAGUCAUCGUAUUAAAAAGCUUUAAAGUUACUUCUGAUUCAUAGUGACAGAUUCAAAAUGGUUCAACGUCCUAACCGUUCAAGCGUUAAAUGUAUUUCAUUUAAGUUAUCUCGUGUUCGCUUUGUCACUGAACCAGAGAUACAACAUCAAGAAUUAAUUGUAACUGGCAGUUGGCUGGAAGAGGUGAAUCGUGUUUGUUUAUGGCAGUAUAAUAUUGAUCCGUCUAUCGACAAUCAUGAUGAAUCAAUCAAACCAAUAUCGGAGAAUGAAGAUUGUACUACUGCUGGUGUACUCGGUGAUACGGCUGAUGAUCCACGUCUGUUAUGCUCUCUUGUUCAUUCAGGCUCUGUUCAAGAUAUUAAGGUUCAUCAUUCAAAUAGAAUUAUUUUCUCCGCUAGUUCUAAUGGUAGUUUACAAUUGUUUCAAGUUUCUCAUAUUCAACCAUACCUUAUUCGAUUGUCUGCAACGAAUUGGAUGCCUUUUGGAGAAUAUAUUUUAUGUGGUAAUAUUCCAUCAGCUUUAUCUAGUUUAGCUCUCAGUACUGAUGGUGUACAUGUUUAUGUGAGUAAUGAACUUGGUCAAUUAGCUGUUGUUCAAAUCAAUCGUAUUCCUAAUUCACAGAAAACUGACUAUAACAAAUAUCAUAAUGAUGCGAUACUAACAUCAGGAGCAGAUAUAACUACAGUGAAUGCACUUGAACGUGUUGACAAUUCUACUUUGGCUAGUGUCAAUCAAUUAGGUCAAUUGAAACUAUGGGAUUUACGUACUGGUUUACAUAAACCACAACGUAGAUUGUUACGCCCUGGAGAAACUCAACCUUUAUUAUGUCUGAGUCAACAUCCUGGACAACCUCAUCUUUUAUCUGUAGGUGGGGUUAAUUCUUCUAGUGCAGCUGCUUAUAUAUGGGAUUUACGAGCUGAACAAUAUCCACUAAGUGAAGUAGCCUGUGACGGUCAAACUAUUUGGGAAACUGCUUUUCAUCCACGUCAACCGAAACAUUUAUAUAUGGCCACGGAAACAGCUGGUUUAUUACAAAUUAGUAGUGAUGAAUCAGAUUCGUGGGUUGGAUUCAAAGGUUCGCGUCGUAAAUUAACUGUAUCAUCUGCUCUACCGGAAGAAACAUCAGCUAGAAAUGUUAUUUCUUUUGAUAUUUCUAAUGCUCUUCUAGUUUGUGGCCAUUCAGAUGCCGUUUUGCAAACUGUUCCUUGUUGUAUGUAUUUGUAUUAAUUGACUGUGAAACACUGCUGCUACUAUUAUUGCUAUUAAAAUAGGUCUUUUGUUUA